AUGCCUUCAGAGGACUCAAAACCAAUGCCUAAGAUGCAAGAGGUUGAAGACGACGACGACGACGGAAAGCCAUUGGGUUUGUUGAAGAAGAAAAAGCCCAACAACACCAAUGGCACCCCGAAGGCAGCAACAGUUGCCAAAACCAAGAAAUUAAAGAAAGAAGAAGCCGACGAAGAUUUUGAAGAAAAAUCCUCUUCCAAGAAAAGCUCAAUUAAGCCCGCUGAUAAGAAGAAAAUAGUUAAAGAGGAGGAAGAGAGGAAGAAAACCAAGAAGGGAGGUAAAGAAUCUGAAGCCCCUAAGAAGAGGGAAAAGAAAGUCUAUGACUUGCCUGGCCAGAAGAGAGACCCUCCUGAGGAGAGGGACCCUUUGAGGAUCUUUUACAAGUCAUUGUAUGAACAAGUGCCAAAUAGUGAAAUGGCUGCAAUUUGGAUGAUGGAAUCUGGUUUACUUACCAAAGACAUUGCCAAGAAAGUUUUUGAGAAGAAACAGAAGAAAGCCCAGCAGCAAAGACUUAACUCACCUAUGAAAACUUCUGUUACUGUUAAGAGAAAGGCCGAAUCUGUUACCACUGUCAAGAAAAAAACAUCUUCCUCCCCAGUUUCAACCCAGAAGAAGAAAACACCAGAUUCAAAGGCUUCGUCAUCAAAGCCGGUUAAGAAAUGCAAGAAGGGUGAUUCAUCUUCAGAAGAUGAAUUGGAAGACGAUGAUGAUGACUUCGAAGUUAUAAGACCAAAGAAACAGAGAACUGGUUGA